ACAGUUGACAUUCAAAAUGCACCCUUCACUCAAGACCAGUCGGGUACACCAAACUAAUACUUAGAUCCAGUAAAUAUUACCAGUAAGGAGAGGAAGUUUGUUGACGUCUUCCUGUUGCUUCCAUAUGACAGGUUAAUUGGGUUUCUUUCCUUUUUUUGUGGACUUCUUGGCAAUGUUUCCCAGCCCCAGCACGUCCACUCCCUUCUCCGUAAAGGAUAUAUUAAACUUGGAGCAGAGUCAUGGUGUCAUGGUGUCUUCUCUGGACGUGUCUUCACGAAUGGACUGCUGCGCCCUGCCGACCUCCUCCUCCUCCUCCUCCUCCUCUUCCUCCUGCAUGCUGGCCCGCAUGAAGCAGGAGUCUCUCCGGGACGGGUCGUCCAGCACCGCCGCCUCGCUGUUCGGAGAGGAGCUCCUCGAGAGCCGGGUAGGCAGAGGCCACGCGCUCGGCUUUGCCACCACCUUUUAUGGGAAAUCCCCCUUGGACAUGGACAUAGUCAAGGAUGAGAAAUCGGACGCGUUUGAGGGGAAACGCAGAAAAGAGGAGCUCAGUCCUCCCCUCGAGGCCGUGCAGGACAUCAAGGCCCAGGAUCCGGACCGACCCAGGCCGCGGAGGCGCAGGAAGCCGCGGGUCCUCUUCUCCCAGGCGCAGGUGUACGAGCUGGAGCGGCGCUUCAAGCAGCAGCGGUACCUGUCCGCGCCCGAGAGGGAUCAGCUGGCCGGCGUGCUCAAGCUCACCCCGACCCAGGUGAAGAUCUGGUUCCAGAACCGGAGGUACAAGUGCAAGCGGCAGCGGCAGGACCAGAGCCUGGAGAUGGUGUCGCUGCCGCCGCCGCCGCCGCCCAGGAGGGUGUCGGUGCCGGUGCUGGUGCGGGACGGGAAGCCUUGCCUGGCGGCGGACGCGGCCGCCUACAACCCCUCCUACGGCAUGGGCCACAUCAACCACUUCACCUACAACAACUACCCGCCGUUCAGUAACUACAGCGGCCCCGGCUGCAACUCAAACUAUGCGUGCAGCUACCCCGCGGCCAGCAUGCAGACUGUGCAAGGAGCCCCCACCGGCGGGGGCUACGUGAACUUCGGGCCCGGGGAUCUGAAUGCGGUGCAGAACUCCUUCUCGUCCGGUAACGGGGCGUCCUCGCUACACGGCAUCAGGACCUGGUGAACACGACAGGCUCGUCCUGCGACUGCAUGCGUUGCUAGAAUGUGUCGAGGCGUCGCGGAGUUUAUGUGACGUCUCUUAUACUUGACCACUUACUUCUCCUACUUUUUCGUUUUAUCCUUUUCAGCACCACUUUCUGUCUUUUGAGGUUCGCCACGUUUUCGUUUCAUUUGGUGGCAGAACGCGCACAGACAUGUAAUUUGAGAGAAAAUAAAAGUUAUGCAAUAACAGCUCUCAAAACGUUUGGUUCAAAUUGAAAUUUUCUUUCUUGAAUUUUUUGGCAAUUUUAUUUCAAUAAAAUUCCGACAGUCGACUAUAAUACAACCUAAUUGUAGUAAUUCAAACUAUGGAAAAGGAUUCAUUCAAUAAAGACAACUAUUAUUAGUAUUGUUAAUAUGUUUGCCAUGCAAAUAAUUAAUCAUUACAUUUGAAAUUGGCCCUGGCUGUUAAUUCCUAAAACAUUACAGAAAAUCCUCUAAGACAAGAAUAGCCUAUAAGAAAACCAUACAGUACAUACACAUAUUUCUUGUGUAAUAGUGGACCAUAUAAUUAUGACAGUAAUAGUACAUUUUAAUUAUGACUACAAU